UCACACUGCUCUUUUGGCGUGUACUGCUGCGUGGAUGUUGUUGCAAAAAUAUUAGUUUUCUCGCAACAAAUAAGAUUAAAAUUCAAAAUGCGUCCGUUGAUGCUGCAGGGCCACGAGCGUUCCAUAACGCAAAUCAAGUACAACCGCGAGGGCGACCUCCUCUUCUCCUGCUCCAAGGAUCAGAAGCCCAAUGUUUGGUACUCGCUAAACGGCGAGCGCCUAGGAACCUACGAUGGUCACCAGGGAGCGGUCUGGUGCCUGGAUGUGGACUGGGAGAGUCGCAAGCUCAUCACUGGCGCCGGCGACAUGACCACCAAGCUCUGGGACGUGGAGUACGGCACUAUUAUCGCCUCCAUUCCGACCAAGUCGUCGGUGCGCACCAGCCACUUCAGCUUCUCGGGCAACCAGGCGGCCUACUCCACGGACAAGGCGAUGGGUCAGAGCUGCGAGCUGUUCCUCAUCGAUGUGCGCAACGCCGACUCCUCGCUGUCGGAGCAGGAGCCCACUCUGCGCAUUCCCAUGACCGAGUCCAAGAUCACCUCGAUGCUGUGGGGUCCUCUGGAUGAGACCAUCAUCACAGGGCACGACAAUGGCAACAUUGCCAUCUGGGACAUCCGCAAGGGCCAGAAGGUUGUCGACUCCGGAUCGGAUCACACUGGCGGCAUCAACGACAUGCAACUGAGCAAGGAUGGCACCAUGUUCGUCACAGCGUCCAAGGACACCACCGCCAAGCUCUUCGACUCCGAGUCCCUCAUGUGCCUGAAGACCUACAAGACGGAGCGACCCGUAAACUCGGCGGCCAUCAGCCCCAUUCUGGAUCACGUGGUGCUGGGCGGCGGUCAGGACGCCAUGGAGGUGACCACCACGUCCACGAAAGCUGGCAAGUUCGACUCGCGUUUCUUCCACCUGAUCUACGAGGAGGAGUUCGCCCGGCUCAAGGGCCAUUUCGGACCCAUCAACAGUUUGGCCUUCCAUCCGGACGGCAAGAGUUACGCCUCGGGCGGAGAAGACGGUUUCGUGCGUGUCCAGACAUUCGAUAGUACAUACUUUGAGAACAUCUUCGAGUAGUACGCACCCAGUAGUCUGUAGGAGGAUCAGAGCCGGUGAACUGCUGCAACCCAAUCUCUUCACCGGCGCCAUGUUCGUUUGCUUAGGGAAUUUUCAAAUAUACGCGAGGACGAAACGAAA